AUGGAUGAUAUAGUUUACACCAGCAGCAGUGAAGAAUUGAUGUUAGAAUUCAAGUUUGAUAUGAUGAACAGGAAUGAUGGAAGUGAAUCCACUGAUGAAGGAGUUUACAGGCAUAUUGUGGGCAACCUACUGUAUCUAACUGCCACUAGGCCUGACAUCAUGUUUCCUGUGUCACUGUUGGCAAGAUUUAUGCACUCUCACUCCAAGAAACAUCUUGGAACUGCCAAAAGGGUCCUAAGAUACAUACAAGGGACCAUUGAUUUUGGAAUUGAGUUUGAGAAGAGAAAAAAAGCUGUUUUUAUAGGAUAUUGUGAUAGUGACUGGAGUGGGAGUGAGGAUGACAUGAAGAGCACUUCCGAAUAUGCAUUCACAUUUGGAAGUGGUGUGUUUUCUUGGGCCUCUGUGAAGCAACACAGUCUUGCUCUCUCAACUGCAGAAACCGAAUAUGUUAGUGCAGCUGAAGCAACAACUUAA